AUAAUGGUUGCAGAAAACCAAUCCACAGUGACAGAGUUCAUUCUCAGAGGUUUAACAAGUCAGCCAGAGCUCCAGCUCCCCCUCUUCUUCCUCUUCCUUGGGAUUUACUUGGUCACCAUGAUAGGGAACCUGGGCAUGAUAACCCUGAUCUGUCUGAACUCUCAGCUUCACACCCCCAUGUACUAUUUCCUCAGCAACCUGUCCUUUGUGGAUCUCUGCUACUCCUCUGUCAUUACCCCUAAGAUGCUGGUGAACUUUGUGUCAGAGAAGAACACCAUCUCCUACGCAGGGUGCAUGUCCCAGCUCUACUUGUUCCUGGUGUUUGUCAUUGCUGAGUGUUACAUGCUGACAGUGAUGGCCUAUGACCGCUGUGUUGCCAUCUGCAGGCCUUUGCUUUACAACAUCAUCAUGUCUCAUGGAGUCUGCUCCCUGCUGGUGGCUGGGGUCUAUAUCAUGGGGCUCAUUGGCUCAACUAUAGAGACUGGCCUCAUGUUGAAGCUGCCCUAUUGUGAUUUUCUCAUCAGUCAUUAUUUCUGUGACAUCAUCGCCCUCAUGAAGCUCUCUUGCUCUAGCACCUAUGACAUCGAGGUGACAACUUUCUUUUUGGCUGGAUUCAACAUUGUAGUCACCAGCCUAACGGUCCUUAUUUCCUAUGCCUUCAUCAUCUCCAGCAUUCUCCACAUCACCUCCAGAGAGGGACAAUCCAAAGCCUUCAGCACGUGCAGCUCCCAUCUUGCAGCUGUGGGAUUAUUUUAUGGGUCUGCUUCCUUUAUGUACUUAAAACCCUCCACAGCCAGUUCCCUGGCCCAGGAGAAUGUGGCCUCCGUGUUCUACACCACAGUGAUCCCCAUGCUGAACCCUCUGAUCUACAGCUUGAGGAAUAAGGAGGUACAGGCUGCCAUCCAGAAAACUCUGAGGUGGAAACACUUUGAAUGUAAAUGUCAUUAUUUCUCAGGUUGA